UAAAUUGGACAGCAUUUUCCGCGCCCCUACCACCAGCAACCCAAAAAAAUACCUAACGACGUUAGCAAGCCAAUCCGUCGCUCGGUUUGUAGAUCUGAAAAUACUCGCAACACAACACAACACAGUUGAACUCCGCUGUUCUUGAAUUCUCCGCCUCAGUCGCCUACUCUCUCUCUGCAUUCUGUAUAACGAAGUUCGUUUCCACGAUCGACAAUGGUAGAGAUGAAGUUUCUAGGGAUUGAUUUUGGCUGUGCCUUCGGAUCUCUGAGUGACGGCAAGUUUCCCGACAAAGAUUGUCUUCUUCCACUCAUCUCCAAGCUUCUUGGCUACUGCAUCGUCGCCGCUUCCACCACCGUCAAAGUCCCUCAGAUACUAAAAAUUUUGAAACACCAAAGUGUCAGAGGGCUUAGUGUUAUGGCCUUUGAGCUUGAAGUAGUUGGUUAUACCAUUGCUUUGGCAUAUUGUCUUCACAAAGGGCUCCCGUUCUCAGCUUAUGGGGAGUUGGCAUUUCUUUUGAUCCAAGCAUUAAUUUUGGUUGCAAUUAUCUACCAUUAUUCUCAACCUUUGGGAACCAAGACAUGGAUCAAGUCAUUGCUAUAUUGUGCUGUGGCACCCACUAUAUUAGCUGGUCAAAUUGAUCCCAUUCUCUUUGAAGCUCUAUAUGCAUCUCAGCAUGCAAUUUUUUUCUUCGCCAGGGUCCCACAAAUUUGGGAGAACUACAAAAACAAAAGUACAGGGGAGCUCAGCUUUUUAACUUCUUUAAUGAAUUUUGCUGGUUCAAUGGUGAGAGUUUUUACCAGCAUACAGGAAAAAGCUCCAACAAGUGUUGUUUUGGGCUCUGUAAUUGGUAUUGUAACGAAUGGCACCAUCUUGAGUCAGAUAAUCUUAUACCAGAAGCCACAGCCGAAGAAAGACAAGAAAAACGAGUAGGAAAUGAGGUUGGACGUUUGGACCUCCAGAGCUUUGCUUCUCAAAGGUUCAAGGCAUGCUCCAAGUGGACCCAAUUCCUCUGGUUAUCAAUGCUUGAGGGAACGGCGGCAUUGUUCUUCUGUAUGAUGACAUUUCAAGAUAAACUAAAGCAUUUUAUGUUGAAUGAAAAUGUAUGUUACCUCUCCAGUUAAAACUCCUUGUUUAUGCAUCACUGAAAAUUUUCAAAGGUAGCUUUGAAUGUUGCAUUGUUUAUAUAGAAAUCAUGAGAAGAUAGUGUUUACAGUAAUAUCUUGUAGUUUAUAAUCUUAUAAAUCUUUACCGUCA